CUUGUGUGUCUACGGUCCGAUCAGUGGUUGCUGCAGGCCCGGAAGUAGGUCCCGCUCUGUUCCGUUCAUGCGUGGUGAAGUGCAGACUCGCAGGCCUUGAGACGUGGCCGCUUCUGGAAAAGCCUCUAGCGAAAUCCAGCAAACAGAGUUUCUUGAGUCGUCUGCUGCCGGGGCGCCCAAAACAGAAGUGCGUCUGACGCAGGGAGCUGGAUGGCAGGGACAGACCGGAGCCGUCUCCGCAGGAAACUCAGCGGUGCACUGCAUGUAUGUCCAGAGUGCGUUGCGGUCAGCGUUGCGGUCAGUGUUGCGGAUGAGCCGGCGGCCCCCCCUGCGUCCGGUGUGUGCUGCUGCCGCCUCGCUGCUCGUGGGCGCCGCCCUGCUGGCCGUGGCCUGCACGGGCUCCUCGGGGGGCCGCCAGAUGGCCCAGACGGCGGUUGCCCAGGCGACCGGGGCGGCAGCGGGGCGGCCUGGGUGUGCGGAGGAGCUGCUGGGCUUCAGGCCGCUGGCCGAGAUGCUGUCCGGGGACGGGGCCGAUGUGUGGAUCUGCUCGCUGGCCGGAGCCGUCGCCGUCGAGACUCAGCGGCAUCUUCCGCUCCUCGUCAUCCCCAUCGAGGCUGGAGCAGCGCUCAAGACCGAGGCUGGCAGUCAGAAGCUGAAGAGACUCUUGAGCUUUGCCAUUGGUGGUCUCCUUGGUGAUGUGUUCCUGCACCUUCUUCCUGAAGCCUGGGCCCAAACCUGUACUCCAGAGGGCGCUCAUGAGCAGCACUACCGUAGUCAGGGCCUGUGGGUUCUGCUGGGGCUGCUGUCCUUCCUGCUGCUAGAGAAGAUGUUUCCAGAUGAGGACACCCCCAACGAAACAGCCACAGUCACGGUAACGGCCAUUGGGGGCAGUGUAGUGAACAGCAGCGCGUCUUGCAGUAAUGGCUUCUGUCAUGACACCAAAACAAGCUCUCUCCUGCAACCGCCAGUGAAGAUCAAGACUAGUGGCUAUCUGAACCUGCUGGCCAACUGCAUAGACAACUUCACUCAUGGCCUGGCGGUGGCUGGGAGCUUCCUGGUCAGCAGAAAGGUUGGGUUUCUCACCACCUUUGCCAUCCUGCUUCAUGAGAUUCCACAUGAGGUGGGGGAUUUUGCCAUCCUCCUGAGGGCAGGGUUUGACCGCUGGAGUGCUGCACGCAUGCAGUUCUACACAGCGCUGGGAGGAGUCCUGGGAGCCUGCUUCGCCCUCUCCGCCCAAUCACAGCGUGGCGCAGAGGGCGCCACUGCCUGGAUCCUGCCCUUCACCUCCGGGGGCUUCCUUUAUAUCGCCCUGGUGAACGUGGUACCCGACCUCCUGGAGGAGACCAAUCCCAGGGAGUCUCUGCUGCAGAUCCUGUUGUUGUGUUGUGGAAUCGCUGUCAUGGCCAUUCUCUCAGUUGUCGUGGACUGAACCCCCCCCCCCCCCCCCCCCCACACACACACACACACACCUGCCCCCCCACCCCCCUCCCAAUUAGCCCAGUUGGCGAGUGCCAGCACGACUGACCACAGAUGCCUUCUCUUGCUAUUGGAGCUUUAAAGACUCUUUGAUUGAACAGCAGCAGCCCAAUGACGGACAAAUCCUCCAGUGUCAAAGGUCAAACUAGCCAAUGAUCAGAAAAGCGAGACAAUCAAAAGCCUUCCUUGCACACACACACUCACACACACCUUCCUCACGGAGAGACGGCCCAAAGAGAAACUUCAAAAUGCUCUGGGACCUUUCUACACUGAGAGACGAAAGGCCAGUCUGAGGAAGCUGUGGAUGACACACACACACACACACACACAC